GGCAGGCGCCAUUUUAUCGAGCCGCCUGUCUCGGGUGCCGCCAUGUUGGUGAGGAGAAAUCACCGUUACGGCCACUGUCCAAAUCCCCGCGUCGCUGCGCGCCGCCCGCCCGCUCCCAAGCCUCAGCCACCGGCGGCGAAUAGAGACUAAAGCGGCAGCGCCGGCAGCGCGGGGCCGUGGCCCAGUGUUUGCAGUUAGAGCCCCACCUCUCUGGCGUGGUUGUUAAUAGACUGGAAAGUCUGUGUCUGUGUCGCUCACUAGUAACCGUGAGUUUUUACCACUUCGUCACCUCCCGGCGGCGGCCGGGAACAGGUACCCGCAGGCGGCGCAGGGAUUCUCCCCGCGCCCCGCCGCCGCCGGCCUCGCAGACCUGCCCUCCAGCCCCGCCCCGUUCUUGACCAAACAUGACAGACUCUGAACAUGCAGGGCAUGACAGAGAAGAUGGUGAAUUAGAAGAUGGUGAAAUAGAUGAUGCAGGAUUUGAAGAAACACAGGAACAGGAAGCAAAAGAGGAUGAAAAGCAGAAAAAUCAGAAAGCCUACCGAAAAUCAAGGAAAAAACACAAGAAAGAAAAAGAGAAGAAAAAGUCCAAAAGGAGAAAACGUGAGAAGCAUAAGCAUAAUUCUCCAUCCAGUGAUGAUAGCUCAGACUAUAGCCUUGAUUCAGAGGUCGAACAUACAGAAACUUCCCACAGAAAAAGAUCUGGUUUCUACAGAGAUUAUGACAUUCCAUUUUCUCAGCAUGGACAUAUAUCAGGAAACUACAUGGCAUCAAAGAAGAGUCAACAUAACAGAAAAUUUAAAAGUAAAGAAUAUGAUGAGUACAGUACCUACAGUGAUGACAACUUUGGUAGCUACAGUCAGGAAACAGAGGAAGAUUUUGCCAGUCAGCUGAAACAAUACAGGCAAGCUAAAGAAACCUCGAAUACUUCUUUAGGAUCAUCUUUUUCUAAAGAACCAGGGAAAAAACAAAGAUUGAAAGGAAUUCAGCAAGGUACUGAGCAGAGGGUUAAAAGUUUUAAUGUUGCUCGUGGACGAGGUUUGCUGAAAAAAAUCAAACGCAAAGACCGUGGCGGAAGGGUCAACAAAGGGCCAAAUGUGUUUUCAGGAACUGAUGACUAUCAUGAGUAUAGUAAACCAGGGAAAAAAUGGAAGAUUAUGACUCAGGAAUUUAUUAAUCAACAUACAGUGGAACAUAAAGGAAAACAAAUCUGUAAAUACUUUCUGGAAGGGAGAUGUAUUAAGGGAGAUCAAUGUAAAUUUGAUCAUGAUGCAGAGUUGGAGAAGAGGAAAGAGAUCUGCAAAUUUUAUUUACAAGGAUAUUGUACCAAAGGAGAGAACUGCAUUUAUAUGCAUAAUGAAUUUCCAUGUAAGUUCUAUCAUAGUGGAGCAAAAUGUUACCAAGGAGACAACUGUAAAUUUUCACAUGAUGAUCUGACUAAAGAAACAAAGAAACUUUUGGGACAAAGUAAGUGUUUGAAUACUGAAGAAGCUGCAAAUGAAGAUGAAAGAGAAUUAGAAGAACUUAGAAAGCAUGGCAUAACUCCUCUUCCCAAACCACCUCCAGGAGUUGGACUUCUGCCAACCCCACUAGAGCAUUUUCCCUUUUCUGAUCCUGAAGAUGGUUUUCAGACAGAUCUCUCUGAUGAUUUCAAGAAGAUUCCAUCUCUUUUUGAAAUAGUUGUAAAACCUACUGUGGAUUUAGCACAUAAAAUUGGAAAGAAGCCACCAGCAUUUUAUAACAGUGCCUCACCACCAGGACCACAAUUUCAGGAAAGCAGCCCACAUCCUCAACAUGUCUAUAGUUCGGGGUCAAGUCCAGGUCCUGGCCCUAACAUGUCUCAGGGACACAACAGUCCUGUGAUCCACCCAGGCUCCCCUGGACACUGUCCUGGCCUACCAGUGCCACAGAGCCCACCUUUGCUGCCUGGCCCCCCAGGAAUUGUGGGCCCUCACGGUCAAGCUGGAGUACUUGUCAACCCAGAUACGCCUUUGACACCACCAAAUAUGAGUGGUUCUUACCACUUCGGCUUUCCAGAACAUGUAAUGAAAGUACCUAGAGAGAAUCACUGCUCUCCAGGCUCAUCGCACCCACCUGGUGAAAGGCAGCUCAGUACCAGCUAUGAUUCCUUACAAAAUCCCGCUGAGUUUUAUGAUCAUUACUAUUCACAGCAUGCUGUCCAUAAUUUUCAGCCACCCAGUCACUCUGGUGACGGGGUGUGGCAUGGUGACUUUGCCCAGCACCAGGCUCCAGUUGUUCCAGACUCACCUAACCGUGGGAGUGGGUCCGACAGCAGCAGUAAUGUGGCAGGCCAGGGCCCCCUGCCUGCACUGGGUCUCCUCCCUGCUGUCCAGAGAGCUCUUUUUGUCAGACUUACUCAGAAAUACCAAGAAGAUGAAGAACCAAGCAGCACCCAGCCUCAGAGGACACCAAGCAAGGAAGAAGGUGUGUCAGGUGUCAUGAUAGCGUCAUAUCUGUUUGGAUCUACCUAUUCUAUUUCCAGCUACCUUACAGCUACUAUCUUCUUGGGUUUGAUUGUCAUUUCCAGUGCCAUUGAUGCAUUAGUAAUUAAUUGCAGUGGGUUUGAUUUGAAGCAAUAAAUCAGACUGGAGUGUGAGGCCUUG